AUGCGUGCAACAGAAUCCCCACUGACAGCCAGGCCGCCGCGCGGUCUUCAUAAAUGGGCGCGUGCUGCCGUGACGGCCCCAGAAGUCUUCUGGCUCAAGCUCUACUUGCCAAGUCGCAGAUUGCUUGGGAACCCGCAAAUCGCCAGACCGCAUCGCGACGAGCCCCAGAGUACCAAGGCGCCGAGACGCUGCAAAGAGUCAAAAGCAAUGGGGUUCAAAGCAUUCCUCAAGCGCCGAUCGCUCCGCGCCCCCGAUGACAAGAGAACCCGGGCGGCCGAGCUUACGCUAAGAGAGUCGCUCUACCCCAUUUGCCUGGUGACAGUUUUGUUCUUCCUGUGGGGAUUCAGUUACGGCCUGCUGGACACAUUGAAUAAGCAUUUCCAGAAUACUCUUGGAAUUAGCAAGUCGAGAUCCAGUGGUUUACAGGCCGCCUACUUCGGCGCAUAUCCUAUAGCUUCUCUUGGGCACGCAAAUUGGAUACUUCGACACUAUGGCUACCGCGCGACUUUCAUGUGGGGCCUCUGCCUGUACGGCAUCGGAGCCCUGAUCGCGUUCCCUUGUAUCCAGGCGCGGUCGUUCGCCGGCUUCUGUGUCUCCAUCUUCAUCGUUGGAAACGGGCUUGGCUCUCUCGAGACAGCUGCCAAUCCAUACAUCACCGUCUGCGGGCCGCCCAAAUUUGCCGAGAUCCGAAUCAAUAUUUCUCAGGCAUUCAAUGGCAUUGGUACCGUGAUUGCUCCAGUCCUUGGAUCCUACGUUUUCUUCAAAUUCAGCGAUGAAGAAGCGCUACGGAACGUGCAGUGGGUGUAUGUUGCCAUUGCCAUCUUCGUCUUUCUCCUGGCUACGGCAUUCUUCUUUUCGACCAUCCCUGAAAUUACGGACGCGGACAUGGCGUACCAGGCGAAUGAGACCCAUGCGAAUGCGGAUGAUAAACCAUUCUGGAAACAAUACCGACUGUUCCAUGCCGCCUUUGCCCAGUUCUGCUAUACGGGCGCCCAAAUCGCUGUCGCAAGUUACUUCAUCAAUUAUGUUACGGAAAAUGGAACCACGGACGACUCAUCUCUCGGCUCACAGUAUCUGUCAGGUGCCCAGGCCGCAUUCACAGUCGGUCGAUUCUUCGGCGUGUUCGUUAUGAACUAUGUACGACCUCGUUGGGUUUUCCUGGUUUUCCUUACAGCGUGCAUGGUCUUUAUCGCACCGUCCAUCACACAGCGAGGGGUGACCGGAAUGUCGAUGCUGUACGUGACAUUGUUCUUCGAGUCUAUUUGCUUCCCCACCAUUGUUGCGUUGGGCAUGAGAGGGCUCGGUCGCCACACCAAGAGAGGCUCUGGCUGGAUCGUUGGCGGCGUGUUGGGAGGUGCCGUUGUUCCGGCAAUCACCGGCGCUACCGCUGACCGCCAUGGAACUCCGCUUGCCAUGGUCGUCCCCCUCAUGUUCUUCGUCGCGGCUUGGACUUAUUCCCUGGCUGUCAACUUCAUCCCUGCUUAUAGAGACCCGGCCGACGCCUUCUCGACGACUGAGGUUGGUCUUACUGGUCACCACGACGCUGCGGAUGAAGAGGCCGGCAAAGGUGUUGUCCUAGGGACCGAGAAGGCUGAGGAGGGCGCUACAGGCGUAGAGGACGUCAGGUAG